GUCGCUCCGCCGCCUACACCACCGCUCCGCGCCCCCUGCAGGUCAAGACUCGCGCCGCUGGCGCCGCAGACGACUGUACCAGCUAUCUGCACAGAAAUACAAUGGCUGCUGCAAGCGAAGCGCCCCGGAAGCUCCGACGCGCUACGUACGUGAAGGUUCAGGACCUGACGCCAGGCUCGCAAGGCCACAACCUGGUGCUGCAGGUGGUUUCCAUCGCGCCGACGGUGGAGAAGAAGCGCUAUGACGGCACCAUCUCUCGCAUCGCCGAGGCGGUGAUGGCCGACGAGACUGGAUGCGUCACGUUUACUGCGCGGAAUGACCAGAUUGACAUGCUGAAGGAAGAACUCGUGGUGGUGGUGCGCAACAGCAACGCGGACAUCUUCAACGGUUUCAUGCGGCUCAACGUGACGCAGUGGGGCAAGCUUUCACUGCACCCGGAUGGCAUUGCGUCCACCCCGCCGCCGCCGCCCAGUGUCAACACGGACAACAACAUCUCCGCCGUUGAGUAUGAGCUCGUCACGGUCGACGACGCCGAGGAGUAAAUUGAUGGGUGUGCAUUGCAUGCCAGUGUGCGUGCUCGCUUGCCGAGUCCGGCGCGGCACCUCACAGGAAUAGGGUCAGUGUAGUUGCGUUCAUCGACGUUAAGCUCGGACACACGGAGCUGCUCCAUAUAGCAGAGAACCUGAUCAGC